CGAUAUUGUUUGGCUGCAGUCUGUCGCACGUGUGCCAAGCGCGCUUACUUUGGUUGACGUGCAAGGCACUCUGUCAUGGAGAAAGAGAUAACAGAGGAGGUAGAGCUGGAAUAUGUCCGCUCCGUCUUGAAAGAGCCGUUGACAUACGAGAAGGUGCAGCAUGGAACAGUAUUUGAAAUUCAGCCAGAGUCAACAGAUGAAGACAAGGAAGAAGAACAAAAGUCAGCUUUCGAACCUGCUAAACUUAUGGAAAAUCUGCGCCUUGACUUGCUGGGUGGAGGGGAAGAUGAAGUAGAUCCAAACUCUGAAAUAACCCUUCCAUUUGAGAGGAUGGCUUCAUCUAUGCAGCCCCUCACAAAAGAUGGUGGAGUCCUCAAGAAAGUAAUGAAGCCAGGCACGGGUCCCAUGGUGCCACCAGGCAGUGGUGUAUGUUUCCACUAUAAUGCCUACCUGGAAAUGGCUGAUGAGCCAUUUGAUUCCACACGACUGCGGGGCCAUCCCUUCCGCUGCCUGUUGGAUGACAUGAUCAUCCCUGGGCUCUCCUUAGCAGUGGCCACAAUGCGAAAGGGGGAAAUUGCUCGAUUUCUGGUGGCACCACAGUAUGCAUUUGGCCGCAUGGGCUGUCCACCACGCAUUCCAGCCAAUGCUACCAUCCUGUAUGAAGUGGAGCUGCAGUUUAUAGUGAGUGCCAAGGAUGAACUCGAGCUGAAGAGCUUCAUGCAAGAAGGAGAUGAGCGGCGCAUGCCUUUCACCGAACUUGUUGAAAGGUGUGUUGCCAAAAGGCGAAUUGGUAACACCUUCUUUGAGCAAGGUGAAUACCAAUAUGCAAUUAGGAGCUACAUGUCUGCUAUAAGAGCCUUGGAAGAUGCACGAACAAGCAACGAGGAGGAAGACAAUCAACGUUCUGAAGUGCUGCUCAUGCUUUACAACAACGUUUCACUGUGUUUCAUCAAGACGGGCAAAGCAGAGGCAGCUAUUACGUAUGGAAAGCGAGCACUGCUGAGCCAUCCUGAUGACGCUCGUGCCCUUUAUCGAGUGGGUGUGGGACUCAAAAUGACUGGAGAAUUCGAUAGUGCAGCUAAAUACCUUCGGAAGGCCCUGCAAAAGCAACCAAACUCUACACAUGCAGCCGAACAACUGAAAAACAUCGACUGUUUGAAACGGCAGCUCUUUGCCAAAGAGAGUGACAUGUGCAGGAGAAUGUUUAAUACUGGGAAAAGUAGCACUGCAGAAGAUGAGGCAAAGCGUAUUGUUGCUAUGGAGAAAUCUGGUGUGACCCCAAAGAUGAAAAACAGCAUUCGUGAGCGCCUGGAAAAGUUCAAGCAAUUGCCAUCUAGCACUCCUAUAACCUUCACAGCUGGAUUCAGCGAAGCACAUUUUGAUUAUAUUCGUGCUGUUUCAAGAAGUUUGGGGCUAAAAUGUGAGGACUUGCCAGAGGAAGGUGUAAAAGUGUCCAUUGAAUAAGUUCAUGCUCUACUAUUUUAUGAUGGUUUUGUUGCACAUUUGCACGCUUUUCCCCCUUAUUUCGUCACAAGAAAGCUGGCUUUAUUUAAUGCGUGUUUUCUAGAGAGACGAAUAAAGCUCUUUCAGUCA